CCCCUCCUCCUCCUCCUCCUGUUCUCCAGCCAUCGACGGGAAACUUCAAAGCGGACUUCACGACCGUUUGUAACCGUUGGAUUUUUGUGUUUUCCAACGGCCGGGCGAUGCAGUGACGUGACCCUCGUUCCAACGGCUGAAUCUGGAGACGUCACCAUGGAGAUGAGUUCAUAGCCAACGGUACACUACUAGAGCUCCUCCGUUCUCCUGCUAGUUGAAGUGUGCCUGUUCGACUCAAUCAUGGCUCGUGGUUGCAUCUGCUGCGUUAAAUACAUGCUCUUCCUCUUCAACCUGCUCUUCUGGUUGGGUGGGUGUGGACUGUUGGGUGUGGGCGUGUGGUUGUCGGUGUCUCAGGGCAGCUUUGCCACCCUGUCGCCCUCCUUCCCGUCUAUCUCCGCCGCCAACCUCAUCAUCACCCUGGGCACCGUCAUCAUGGUGACGGGGUUCCUGGGUUGCCUGGGAGCCAUCAAGGAGAACAAGUGCCUUCUGCUGAGUUUUUUCAUCGUUCUGUUGAUCAUCCUCUUGGCCGAACUCAUCCUCCUCAUCCUGUUCUUUGUCUACACCGACCAGGUGAGCGAAAAUGCCAGACGGGACCUGAAAGAAGGACUGGUGCUGUACAAUACAGACAACAACGCCGGGCUGAGGGAUGCGUGGAACGCCAUACAGGGAGAGUGGCGAUGUUGUGGUGUGAACAACCACAAUGACUGGUACACCGCCCUGCAUGACGACAUGGUCCCUGACCGCUGCUGCCAGCAGGUUUUCCCAGAAUGUGGACGCAACGCCUCCAAUACCUUCUGGACACGGGGUUGCUAUGAGAAGGUAGAGGAGUGGCUAGAUGACAACAAACACCUUCUGGGAACCAUCGCCAUGUGUGUGUUGGUAAUGCAGCUCCUUGGGAUGGCUUUCUCCAUGACGCUUUACCAGCAGAUCCACCGAGCAGGGAAGAAGUACGAAGCCUGAUUGGAAUAAUGCACUCAUUUAUCAAAUUAAUAUUGGUCACAUUAAAUACAACACUUGGUUUAUUGUUUAAAAAAUAAGCCAGAUAUCAUGUGUGCCACUACCGCCUUUUAUCUCACGUUUUUCCAUCAUUAGAACUAGUUUUAAUUAGUCAGCUUUAUAAAAUCAUCACUCUAAUGCAUGUUGUUAUGUAUAGUAUUUGUGAUUUGUCAUCGACCAGAGGAAGAGUGAGGAGUAUAUUUUUCGGGGUUGUUAAAAGCCAUGUCUUUGGAUAUAUAUAUAUAUAUAUAUAUAUAUAUACAUAUAUAAUGUAUUGAUCCAUUUAGAAAAUAAAAACAUUGUGUACUAACAUGUUCAAUAAAAGCUUUCUUCAUAAA